AAUUGGCCUUAAUUCUUUCAGCUUCUGGGCAUUUGAGCUUAAUAGCAUAACCACUACAACGUGACAGCGCCGAGCGAGUAAAGAGAGAGCUGGAAAUCAAUGGCAGACUCGACGGUGCAGCCAAGUCGAUCUAGAGACCUCGACAAACUACUUCUCAGGCCCGGAAAUCUCGUCGCUCCUACCUUCGAUCCCGGUGUUCAAUUAAGAGAUGAUCUUCAAGAAUAUGUUCGAAUAUUAGUGGUUGGAGCUGGUGGAUUAGGCUGUGAACUGCUUAAAGACUUAGCCCUAUCAGGUUUUAAGAAUUUAGAGGUUAUUGAUAUGGACCGCAUCGAAGUUUCUAAUCUCAAUCGCCAGUUCCUCUUCAGGCUUGAAGAUGUUGGUAAGCCAAAGGCUGAAGUGGCAGCUAAACGUGUGAUGGAAAGAGUUAGUGGUGUGAAUAUUGUCCCACAUUUUUGCAGAAUUGAAGACAAAGAAUUGGAUUUUUAUAAUGAUUUUAGUAUUAUUGUGCUUGGUCUUGAUUCCAUUGAGGCUCGGAGCUAUAUAAAUAAUGUAGCUUGCAGUUUUCUUGAGUAUGAUUCUGAAGACAACCCAAGGGAUGAUACAAUGAAACCCAUGGUAGAUGGUGGGACUGAAGGCUUCAAGGGCCAUGCUAGAGUUAUUAUGCCAGGGAUCACACCAUGCUUUGAGUGUACCAUCUGGCUUUUCCCCCCUCAAGUCAAAUUUCCUUUAUGCACUCUUGCAGAAACCCCUAGGACUCCUGCUCAUUGUAUUGAAUAUGCUCACUUGAUUAAAUGGAAUGAGGUACACAGUGGAAAGGCUUUUGAUCCAGAUGACCCAGAACAUAUGAAGUGGGUAUAUACUGAGGCCGUGAAGAGAGCUGAGCUUUUUGGCAUUCAAGGUGUUACAUAUUCUCUUACUCAGGGAGUUGUGAAAAACAUCAUACCAGCUAUUGCUUCCACAAAUGCAAUCAUAUCAGCUGCAUGUGCACUGGAAACCUUGAAGAUUGCUUCAGGAUGCAGCAAAACUCUAUCCAACUACCUAACGUAUAAUGGCGUGGAAGGUCUCCACAUUAAAGUAACUGAAUUUGUGAAAGACAAGGAUUGUCUUGCAUGUGGUCCUGGAGUUCUUAUUGAGCUAGACACUUCAGUUGCUUUGCAAAAGUUUAUUGAUCUGCUUGAAGAGCAUCCUAAGCUGUUCUUAUCAAGAGCAAGCGUAACACACCGCGGAAAGAAUUUGUACAUGCAGGCGCCUCCAGUUUUAGAAGAGAUGACUAGAUCAAACUUGAGCUUACCACUAUUUGAACUUAUGGGAAAAGUCCCAAAGGAUAUUGUACAUGUGACUGGUAUGACUGGCCAGAAUGGCAAGAAAACCUCUUGUGUUAGAAAAUUACGUGUUGUAUUCAAGGGAAUGGAGGGAAUCACAGACAUGGACAUGGCUGGUGGGGCUUAGUUUUGCAAGCAGCACUAGCGUUCUCAUGCCGAAAUCUUAGCUCCAGGAAGAUACACACUGAGUUUUUCAUUACCGAAGGCAGGUGUUAAUGAGCAUUGUAAAAUACAUUUUUAUGCGUAACAAUUCUCAAGACAGGACUCAUCAAAGGAAAGCAGUAGAUGUGACAUCAUUACCAUUGCAACAACGUUAUUAACAAAGACUUUAUUUUAUUAAAUUUUUGUUCAUUUUGCAACCGAGAGUAAAUCUUUAUACAGUUAGAUUAUGUAUGUCAUAGGCAUCUUCAUGAUGGGCAGUUGCAAAUCUUGCUUGUUUGCAAUUAUGUUCAUGUGCUUUUGUCCCAUGUGGUUGGACAUGAUUAAUUGUUAAUCAAUAUUUACCUCAAAA